GUCACUUUUUGUUUAUCACUUUUAUCAGUUCUUGAGCGGAAUGGAAUUCGAACCUUGUUUGUUCUUUUUUAAAACUUUUACGUUAAACACGUACAAGAGUUUUAAGGACAAAUAUUAGUAAAAUAACGAGCAACCUAUUUAAACAAUCUAUAUAUUAUCAAUUCAUAUUUACUGCGAUUAAAUACGAUCUAAUGGGUUUGUUAGAAAAGGAAUGGUUUAUAAAAGCGCCCUGGGGAAAAAUAUGCAUAGUGGCAUGGGGUGAAUGUAGUUCACCACCGGUCCUGUUAUGUCACGGGGCAAUAGACAGUGCUGCCACCUUCCGUCCACUGUUGAACCUGCUGCCAAGGGACUUCUAUUAUAUUGCGGUGGAGUUGCCCGGUAACGGUAAGUCGGACCAUUACCUCCCCGGAAUGAUGGUGAGUGUAUACGAUCUUGUAUACGUCAUCACUGUAGUGGUGCGACAUUUCCGGUGGGAGAAGUUCCGGUUUAUAGGACACUCCAUGGGAACUGCGAUAGGACUUUUUUAUCAACUUUCUUAUCCCGGCAUGCUGACGCAAUUGAUAAAUUUGGAUCCAGUCUCGUCACGCAUUGCCACACCCGCAGACCAGUUCGAUCGAUGGUGUCCAGGGGCGGCGGUAAUCACUCACGAUCAGGCUAUCAGUAAAUUGAUGCGGUAUCGUGGUUUGUCCAAAGAAACUGCUGCAGAAAUCUUGGACAGAAUAUCUGAAACAACCGAUGAUGGAAAGAUAAGGUACACAUUCGAUCAACGUAUGAAACUUGUUACCCGUCCGCCAAUAUCCCCAGAAAACUUAAAAAGGAUAUGCACUGGCAUGAAAACCCCGACACUGUCCAUUAUAGCUGAAGAUUCUGUUAAAAAUGGCAGAUAUUCUAGCACACCUUUCGUAUUCGACGAAUCGGAAUAUCCCGCGGGUAAUUAUAGAGUUAGGAGGGUAGAAGGUGGUCACGAUGUGCACCUCACUAAUCCGGAACGGUUGGCGGGUUAUGUGGCACAAUUUUUGUUGUACGGCCCUGAAGGGUUAGAUUCUAAAUCUAAACUGUGA